GUGACGACAUGGUAUACAAAACAUAAAUUUUAAAUUUUGAGUUGAGAGUCUACAGUAUGUAAAAAGUCUUUAAGGUCAAAUAAUCUUUCAGUUUCGUCCUAAUAACAUUCGUUUUCUAUGAAUGGGAUCGAAGGUAUCAGGUCUAUACCGUAAAAUAUGGGAUUGGGGAGAUUAUGAAGAAGAAUCCAGCGCUGUAAAUGGGGCUGAGAACCGAAUAAAUAACCUCUUGAACAACUACAGAGGUUCAAUUUUCGUUUUGAAACGAGUUAGUUCGAUGUUUUUCAAUGAAGAUGGGGAUUUAGCCCACGAAUUUUAUGAAGAAGUGAGGUCAAAAAAGAAGAAGCGAUCAAAAAUGAAGAGAGUUGAUUGUAGUUUAUUGCGACCAGAGGGAAAAGUUGACUUGCCCUUUCCAAAAAUCCAUCCAGAUCUACCAAUCAUCAUGUGUGAAGUUUAACAAAACAAUCUGCAGAAACACACAAACUUGUCAUGUGCCUGGUGUUCAGGAUAAUUUAGAGCAAAACAAAUUAAUUUAUUUGUACCUGCUGUGCUGAUAAAUGAGUGUUUCUAUUUCUUGUAAUUAUAUUCAUAUCAUGAAGUAAACAUGUUACCCUCAUUGGGUUCAACUAUUGAUUAUGAAAUAAUAUGUCUUUAUGCAGUUUAUUUUGUUUGCAAAAACAAACAUCAGGGGAAUGUGCUUCUUCCUGCUUCUC